AAAAAGCACAGUAGUAGUGUGCUGAAUAUGAGGGGCACACAUUGCUUUCAUUACUCCAGCUGGCUACCAGCAGCUUACCUCCUCCAUGGUAUCUUGAGAACUGGUGAUCUUUUUGUUUGUUUUUUAAUUUUCAUGGUUUCUAAUCAAAUAGAGUUCCAAACAGCCUGUUAAAGACCUCAGUUGAACUACAGAAGCAAACAGGAAUGGCUGAAGAGCAUCUGUGCCGGUAGAGGGACAGUCUCCGCCCACCAUAGGGGGGGCCCUAGUGAGGCUGACCUUGAUUGGCGGGCUUUAAUGAAGCAGGCGGAGUCAGUUUCCAUGGUAUGAACACAACAAGACAAGCAGCUAGGACUUCCUGCCAAGCCUGAGCACUGCAGAUUGCAAACAAGACAUUACUUUUCUUGAUCAUGGAGUUGACCAAACUGUCCGACAUGACAAAGCUCCACCAAGCUGUGGCUGCAGGGGACUACAAUUCAGUGAAAAAGAUUUUGAAGAAAGGUCUCUGUGACCCAAACUACAAGGACGUGGACUGGAAUGACCGAACCCCACUUCACUGGGCUGCGAUCAAGGGACACAUGGAGGUGCUACAGCUCCUGAUAGAACACGGAGCCCGGCCGUGCCUGGUAACUGAUGUGGGCUGGACCCCUGCUCAUUUCGCAGCUGAAUCAGGCCACCUGAACGUGCUCAAAGCCCUCCAUGCUUUGCAUGCCGCCAUCGACGCCCCCGACUUCUUUGGAGACACACCAAAGAGGCUCGCGCAGAUCUAUGGGCAGAAAGCCUGUGUGGCGUUCCUGGAGAAGGCUGAACCCCAGUGCCGGGAAUAUCGCCAGGUCGCCAGGCGGAUGGGGCUGCAACUCGAUCAGCGAGAUGAAGACUGGGACGCCAAGAAGAGGGAGCUGGAGCUGUCUCUUCCUUCCUGGAAUAAAAACACUAAUACAAAAAAGAGUAAGAAAACCGGAGGCCCCAGCAGGCUCAGCAAUACCAAGGAGAGGGGAGCAUGAGAGGCCCGCCUCCCAGGGACUGUAGGUGUGUUACCUGGCGGGACACUUUCCGUGGUGCCGGACUAGAUGUUGUAAGGUAUGUGUUGUCCUGGCAUGAUUUUACUCCUAGAUCCUGAAUUACCCACAUGGCUUUGACUGGUAGCUCCUGAUCUGUCAUUCAAUCCUCAAGUCUGGCCUGGGCACGCUAUACAUGGGCUGUUCCUCCAUGCCAGUACCUAUUGUCUCCAAGAGCUACCAAGAGAAGACAAACAUCAGCUGCUUGCAUUUUGUCAUCAGUGAUUUGCACUGUCAGGUCUCCUGAGCCUCUAUAUGCAAUUACAGAGUUUCAGGGGCAAAGAAAACUUCUGCUAAGGAAACUUAGUUGUUUCAAUGGGGAAAAAAAAAAGCAACAACAAAAUCUCAGAAAUCUCCAACAUUCUCAGGUCAGUUAAUCUAUGAAAAAAAAAAAAAUUACUUGUUGUCAUAUAGACCAAGAAAAGAAGUGAAGAGAUGUAGCUUUGAAUUUCCAGAUAUUUGUGUGUGUGUGUGUGUGUGUGUGUGUAGGUGGCGUACAAGCCCACAGUCUAGCAGGGCAAAGAUCCCUUCUACACAGGAGAAACAAUUUGGCUAUAAGAUUGGCUCAGUGAAAAAUUAAAAACCUUAAAUUAAUUUUGUUCUGCUUAAUAAUGAGAGCUGGCGUAAAAUCAUGGAACUUGUAACUAUAACUUUACUUGAUCAACUGUAUAUUUUAGGAUAUCUAAAUAUAGAUCAGGUAUUUCCAAUGAAAAUGCUGCAUUCAAAUUGAGAUAUGCUAUAAAUGUGAAGUACAGAUGGUAAUUUUAAGACUUAGAAUAAAAAAUGUAAAAUAGCUCAUCAAUAAUAUUAAUUGCAGGUUGAAAUAUAAUAUUUUGAAUAUUGGGAUUAAAUAAAACAUAUUACUAACAUGAAUUUUGCCUUUCUCCUUUCAGUUUUUUAAAAAUGUGGCUAGUAGAGUGUUUAAAAUUGCAUAGGUGGCUUGAUUUUUUUUCCUUAUGAACCAGUACUAUAGUGGAAACAGACAAUAUUUAGAGUCUCCACUAUGUAGCUGAUCUGGUGCCCUUGAAUUGACUACCCCGCAUUCUAAGUUGAUUAAUUUUUCUGCCUAAAUCAAUAUCUUGAGGCACCUGACAUUGUGUUAAUUACAUGCUCCUCAAUGCUUAUACAAAUAUAGGUUGAAUUUUCUAAAAUAAAUGAAUGCUUGAGCAUCUUACAGGAAAGCAGUGUAGCUGUGGAGGACACCCUGUCUAGUGUUCAUCCCUCUGGAGCAUCAAUUUUCUUUCUCUUAUCCCUGCAGUUUAUAGAUGUGGUUCCUGCUUGCCAUCCUUGUAUUGGUCCUCAACAAGCAGCAGCUCCAGCUGGACCAAUGCAUCUUCUUCUGGGAUUGUGAAUGGGGAUACCCUGGGCUUGCUGGUUUUGAGAGGGUAACCGGCAGGAAGGACAGGAGUCUCCAAAUGGAGGAUAUAGGCUGCAAGUGUCAGACAUUUUUUAUCUCUCUCUUAAGCAGCAGGAGGAAGCAAAUUACUAACGUUCUAUUUUUUCCACUUCUCUAUACAAAUUAAAAAAGAGGUUUCUUUUAAGAUUCUCUGUUGCCAUGAGGACACCUGGUUCCACCUGAAUUUAACUUUUCUCAAAUCUUAUGGAAAUGUUUAUCUUAAGCUAUGUUAAUGAACAAC